AUGUCUGAUAGUGAACACGGCUAUGCGCCUUAUAGGACUUUGCAUGAUUAUUUGCACCCCACACGUACAUCCACACCAUCAUGCAUAAUGUUUCCGCCCAAUAUGCCACGGAUGGAACUAAAACCAGGAAUGAUUCAACUUCUUCCCACUUUUCAUGGACUUGACAGUGAAAACCCUUACGUGCAUAUUAGGGAAUUUGAGGAGGUAGUUGCAACCUUCCACAAUCAACAUGGUACAACGGAUGCAGCCAGGUUAAAAUUUUUCCCGUUUUCACUUAAAGAGAGAGCAAAAACCUGGCUAUAUUCGUUGAGACCACGUUCAAUUGGUACAUGGGCUAAAAUGACGCAAGCAUUUUUUAAUAAAUACUUUUCCCACCAUAAGACUAGCGCCCUUAAGAAGCAAAUCUCAUCUUUUACCCAAAAGGAUAGUGAGACCCUAUAUCAGGCCUUGGAGAGAUUUAAAGAACUACAAGCCCUUUGUCCUCACCAUGGUUAUGAGAGUUGGCGUAUAGUUAGUUAUUUUUAUGAGGGAUUAACACCUAGGGAACGUCAAUUCGUAGAGAUGAUGUGUAACGGUGAUUUCCUGCAAAAGGAUCCGGAUGAGGCCAUAGAGUAUCUAGACGAUCUUGCUGAGAAAGCUCAUACUUGGACUGGACCUAGCCCUACUGAUAGUACCAAUAGGUCACGACCCCCAGGAAACCCCACUAGUACAGGUAUCUAUCAACUUAGGGAAGAAGAUAGUCUUAAGGCCAAAGUGGAAGCCCUUACUAAGGAAUUUGAGACCUUGCAUGAAUAUUGUAAUGCCUUAGGCACAUAUAGGAAGCCCUAUUCUCCUUUCUCCGAAUCCUAUAACCCAGGGUGGCGCAAUCAUCCUAAUCUCAGUUGGAAAUCUGAAAACCAACAAACUACCCAAUCAAAUAGAACUUACAGUGCACCAUCAUAUCAACCCACAUCCUCUAGGAACUCUUUAGAAGAUACCUUACAUGCAUUCAUAGAGGCACAAGGUAAGACCAAUCAGAAGUUUGAGACUAUGAUUAACCAGGUAGUGGAGGAAAAUAAGGAGAUAAAAAAUCAUGUGUCUAAAUUGACCAAUGCCUUAACUGUGGGGGAACGUGGGAAAUUUCCAGCACAAGCUCAACCUAAUCCUAAGGGACAGCAUAUGGCUCAAACCUCAGAUUCAGGAGAGAGUAACCUUAAAGAAGCAAAUGCCAUCACCACCCGAUCUGGGAAGGUUAUAGAACCAAUUUCAAAACCUAGGGAGAACGAAAAGGAGUCUAGUGAGUCUGAAGAAAGUAGCCCUAGUGAUGAGGCAGUAGGAAAUCCAUCGAGGGUACCUUUUCCACAAGCCCUUAAGCUUAGCCCAAAAUCAGUCAAUCAUCACAAUGAGAUCCUCGAACACCUUAGGCAAGUAAAAAUCAAUCUUCCACUCUUGCAUGUAAUUUCACAAGUUCCUACAUAUGCGAAAGUCCUUAAGGACUUGUGCACUGUGAAGAGGAAACACAUUGUCCAGAAGACUGCCUUCUUGACCGAACAAGUGAGUGUUGUGAUUGAACAAAGGAUCCCACCGAAAUAUAAGGACCCUGCCUGUCCAACUGUUUUCUGUGUCAUCGGGAACCAUGAGUUUGCACAAGCUCUCCUUGAUCUGGGAGCCAGUGUUAAUCUCAUGCCCCAUUCCAUAUACUUACUAUUAGGUCUUGGUAGACCUUUCCUCGCCAUAGCUAACGCCCUUAUAAAUUGCAGGAAUGGUCUAAUGAAAUUGUCUUUUGGGAAUAUGACUCUAGAAGUCAACAUUUUUCACAUUGCUAAGCAACCAAUGGAAAGUGAUGAGUGCCACCACACACAUAUGAUUGAGGCACUCACUCAGGAGGAGGCACUUGAGACUACAAAUUCUGACCCCUUAAAUCUUUUUUUCUUGAAUUCUGCAAAUCAGCAAGACUAUGGGAUAUCACCAUGGCAACCCAAAUUUGAAGAAUUGUCAGAAAGGACGGACGGCCAGCAACCAUCAAGCAUUGAGAGCCCCAAACCAGAUUUGAAACCGCUACCCCCAAGAUUGAAACAUGAAUUCCUUGGACUAGGUGAUACUUUUCCUGUAAUUAUUUCUUCAGAAUUGGAUGCAUUACAACUGGAUGGCUACUCUGGUUAUUAUCAAAUUGAAAUAGCCUUAGAAGACCAAGAGAAGACCACAUUUACUUGCCCAUUUGGUUCUUAUGCAUUUCGUAGGAUGCCAUUUGGACUUUGUAACGCCCCUGCCACAUUUCAAAGAUGCAUGAUAAGCAUAUUUACUGACAUGAUAGAGGAGUGCAUGGAAGUUUUCAUGGAUGACUUGACAGUGUUUGGAGUCUCGUUUGAUGCAUGCCUAUUUAACUUGAAGAGAGUCUUGACCCGGUAUCAUGCAGCCCUUAAGUACCUUCUUGCAAAGAAGGAUACUAAGGCGCGUCAAGCAUGUGGUGGCCACUUCUCUAUAAAAAAGACUGCUGCAAAAAUUCUACAAUGUGGUUUUUAUUGGCCUACCUUGUUCAAAGACACUAAUACCUAUUGUAGAACCUGUGAAAGAUGUCAAAAAUUAGGUGCCGUGUCUCGACGUAAUAUGAUGCCUUUAAACCCCAUUUUAGUGAUAGAAGUGUUUGAUUGUUGGGGGAUUGACUUUAUGGGCCCCUUUCCACCUUCUUUUGGUUAUCUAUACAUUAUUGUGGCGGUGGAUUAUGUGUCUAAAUGGGUAGAGGCGAUUGCUUGUAGAGCUAAUGACAAUAAAACGGUUAUUAAAUUCCUCAAAGAAAAUGUCUUGUCCAGGUUUGGUACACCACGUGUCAUUAUUAGUGACAGAGGCACACACUUUUGCAACCGUUCAUUCGAAGCACUAAUGAAAAAAUAUGGAGUUAUUCAUAAAAUCUCUACUGCUUACCACCCCCAAACUAGUGGACAGGUAGAAUUGGCUAAUAGGGAAAUUAAACAAAUUUUGGAAAAAAUGGUGAAUCCUAAUCGUAAAGAUUGGUCUUUAAGAUUAAGUGAUGCACUUUGGGCUUACCGUACUGCUUUUAAGACUUCCCUAAGCAUGUCACCGUGGACUGGUCCCUUUGUGGUACUACAAGUCUUUGAAAAUGGAGCAGUUGAAAUUGAGGAUCCUAAUGAUGGUAGAGUGGUCAAAGUGAAUGGACAGCGUCUCAAAAUAGCUUUUGGGCAAUCGGUGCCUGCAGUGGAAGAUAUUUCCCUUGCAGACCCUGUUUACCACCCUUAG